AACCCACCAGAUACUGUAUGGUGGUUUAAACACUCGCAUCUAUACUUUCAAAGCAAAAUGGGCCCUCUGCAUUUGGUUACAUUACAAUUUAUUAUCUAUGCAUAUUCAGCAUAUGGUGGACCUAUUAACGAUGACCAAGAACUAAAACCAUGUCCAAAAAUCAAACCUUUCAAAAAAGUCAACAUUGAUCAGUUAUUGGGGAAAUGGUUUUUGGCUAUAAUGGUGAUAGAAUCGGAACACGAAGAAUUUGUUGAAGAUGGUGUUUGCAUUCAUGGUGAACUUUUGCGAUAUAAUAAAACCACGCUGAGACAAGUAUGGAACAUCGAUAAUCCAUUAUUAAUUGGUGAUCACAGUGCUGUAAUUGAAUUGCCAACAAUAGAAAAUGAAAUAGGAAUUUGGUCAAUACAAAGUCCUUUAGGAGGAGAUAUAACAGCAACAAUAAUUGAUGCAGAUCCUGACACACAUUUGAUAUUGGCGUUUUGUGGUAAAAAAGGAUCAGACUUAUUACACAUGUGGACUGUAGUUGUCACACGUCAAAAUGGAAUUUCAGCACCAGAAUCUUUAAGAUUGUCAGCCAUUUUGGUCAAACAUGGUUACAAUCCAAUGGCAAGUAAAAUUAUAAGCUGGAAAAAUUGUCCGAUUUAUACCAUGAUACCUUGAAGUAUUAAGUUAUUUUGUAAUUAUAAACCAAUAGAAAAAUAAAUAAAAAUACAGAAUUAUACAAUUUU